UUUUUUUUUUCUUUUCUUAUUUUUUAUAAAAACAAUGCCUUCUUCUUCACCAACUUAUCGAUCGGUGCCUUUAGACGAUACCCCUACUAGUGCUGUUGUAAAAGUGCGAAAACAAUCAAAGUCGUUUGUCGCUGCUGUCAUGCUCAUUAUAUGUAUUAUCUCUUUUGUUUUACAAACAGAAUUGGCUCAAUAUGUACAAAAGACUUCAAACUAUCAGAAACCAUAUUUUAUAUUAUAUAUUGGUCAUGCUUGUUAUAUCCUAAUGAUACCCAUUCAAUUCACCGUGGAAUGUAUUCACACAAGGUGGUUUGCUCUUCAACAACAAGAAAAGCCAAGUUGGCAACAGCAUAUACGGGAAACCAUGGAUUAUUGUAGAAAACAAUUGAAGGAAGCUAUAAUCGAAUUAGAAGAUCAAGUACAAGGCAAACAUCAACACUAUACCUCCUUUUUGUUACGAACUGGACUGAUACUGUCUAUUCUCUUUACUAUUCCUGCAUAUCUAUGGUACCUUAGCGUUAACCUUAUUAGUAUGUCGACUCUCACUGUGAUCUUCAACACUGGUUGUUUUUGGGCCUAUGUUUUUUCCAUUUUUAUGUUGGGUGAUUCUAUACUUCUCUCAAAGUGCCUGGCCGUCGGACUUUCUGUUUUGGGCGUGGUGGUCAUGGCGUUAGGACAAGAUAAACAAAAUGAUACUGACGAUAAUAUGAUUAUGCAACAACAAUCGAUGAAUAUUGCUACUACAACAUCCUCUUUGACUUCUAUCAUAGGUUUGAAUGUGGCUGUGGUGGCUGCAUUGACUUAUGGAUUCUACGAAGUAUAUUACAAGAAAUAUGCAACUCCUCCUCGACCAUCCGUUCUUUUUGCAAACAUGAUGACUGGUGGUAUUGGUGCUGUAACUUUAUUAGUUCUUUGGAUCCCUAUACCUAUUUUACACUAUUCUGGAUGGGAAAUCUUUGAAUUACCGGAUGGACGUACAUUUGCAAUGAUCAUGGCCAUUGGAUCCAUGAGCGUUAUCUAUAAUGCCAGUAUGAUGUGUGUGAUUGCACUAGUCAGUCCUGUUUUUGCUGCUGUGGGUGUUUUACUGACGAUUCCUGUCGUGGCCAUUACUGAUAUGUUCGUCACUGGUGUUAUGGUCUCCUUUACAACUAUACUUGGAAGCGCCUUUAUUUUGGUGGGUUUUAUUAUUUUAAACCGUCAAAUUGCUCGUGAAGAAGAUAUUGCUUUGCAAGAUGUCUGUGAUACUGGUUUGGUUCGACAUGAUACUACAAUAGCUUGAUUUCUUCAUCUUAGUUGGAUACCCUUCUUACUUUUUCUUACGAUAGUAUUAGUUUUAUAGUUUAUUCUCAUCCUCCAUUUUUUCUUUUUAGUAUAUAUAUAUAUAUAUAUAUUGUGUGUGUGGAAAGUCAUCUUUGAAUUAAACAGUUACAUUAGACAAUAUAAA